AAAAUCUCGUUAGGGUGCCGCUUGGGGAGAGUCAGUGCAGCCCGGCCGCCCGCCCGCCCGAGAGAGAGAGAGAGAGAACAGAGUGAGUGAGUGUAGCCUCCCGCAUACCAACACUUCACUAUGGCCUUGAAGAGGAUAAACAAGGAAUUAGAGGACUUGAAAGUUGAUCCUCCAGCACAGUGUUCAGCAGGGCCGGUGGCGGAUGACUUGUUUCAGUGGCAAGCCACGAUAAUGGGACCUAGUGACAGUCCAUAUCAAGGAGGAGUUUUCUUCCUUACAAUUUUUUUUCCUUCAGAUUACCCUUUUAAACCACCAAAGGUUGCAUUUACAACAAAAAUAUAUCAUCCAAACAUAAACAGUAAUGGAAGUAUAUGUCUUGAUAUUCUGCGGUCACAGUGGUCACCAGCAUUAACAUUAUCAAAAGUUUUAUUGUCUGUUUGCUCACUGUUGUGCGAUCCCAAUCCUGAUGAUCCACUGGUGCCAGAAAUUGCACAUAUGUACAAAACAGAUAAGGAGAAAUACAACAGGCUAGCAAGAGAAUGGACUCAGAAGUAUGCAAUGUGAAACUGAUGUCAGUUGUACAAACAACCAUCACAGCAGAAGGAAAAAUGGCAACAAUUUUUUCUAUUUGGAACCCAUGCAAUUAACAAUAAAUAUUCAUUGUGGGUGAUAUGAAUAUUGUAAGUUUUCUUUAAUUGAAACAGUGCAACUGGAAAACAUGUUCACUAAACUGUUUAAUCUUAAACUACAAACUGAUUGUAGGAAUUAUGUCAAAUGAACAAAUAUGGCAAGUAGGUAGCUACUAAAAUGCUACUUGUUGUUUCUGCUCAGUUUGGUAAGCACUCCCAAUAUUAUUCUUCACUUUAUUACCCUGAUAUACUACUUUGCAGUUUGAUUCAGCAGAUGUUGUUUGAUGGUCUUGAUAAAUGCCACGGUUUAUGAACAAGACCCAUUAUCCCUUUCACUUUACUGCAUUUUGAUUAAAACCUGGAUAUAAUUUGGUUAGCACAGGAAAAUUAUUACUGCGAGGGAUAAAGGAUCACCCUUAUACAAUCGUUGCAUUCUCUUCAUUUAUUGAAAGUGAAGAAUGCAUUAUCUAUUAAAGCAUGUAAACGGGUUUGUUUUUAACUCGUGUAAUCGUGCAAUCGAUUGGAUUAUUCUGCAAACCUUGUACUCAAAUACAUCACAUGUUUUUAUCAUACAAAUUAAAUUAACCUUGUUCCAUGCUAGUUAUAUAAAUGUUUUAAUCUGCUAGUUUCAAUUUUUUUAUUAGGGGAAAAUUUUAAGUGUAUAUGGUGAUAAUGCUGGCUGUUUAUAUUUUGACAUGUAUACAAUAUUGCCUACCUCUGGUAAAGAGUGCUCUUGCUAAUGUUAUUGCAUUACAUUCACCACUAAAGAUCAGUUUCACUCCCCAGUAUUUUGCAAUUGCCAUGCUUGCCUAAGUUUAUCUCAUUUUACAUACAUUUCCCAUUCAACACCAUUUUAAGAUUAAGAGCGGAAAAAUUGCAAAUAAUUUUCCACUGAUGGGUUUCAUUGAAUUUAACCACUUGUUGCAUAGACAAUAUUGGACGUUUUUGUCUUUAAAAAUUCUUGUGGAUUAUUUGAAAUGCAGAUGAAAUCAUGGCAAACUUCCAUUUUUACAUCAGGAAUUGUAUGAUGCUGACUAUAAAAAGUAUAAACUCACAGCUGAACUGCUAGUUGAACAUUAUGUAUCAAAUACUUGUUACUGUAAAUUGCACCUUUUAUCUAAUACAGCAGGGACUGAACUGUUGCACUUGUAAUUAAAAAGACCAGAAUGUGUUACCAGUGCUUUGUUUUUUUUAAAAAAAGGUUUAUUGCCUCACACUAAUUUUUUUGCUGCAAUGACUGUCUUAAAAAUAUUUAUCCUUUUUGAAAUUACCAGAAGCCAGCAUUUGUCAUUUCCCUUAAUGAAAUGUGAAUGUUUACUUGUAUUUUCCCAUCCCCUUGUACCUCUUCCCUCCCCCACCCAAAAAAAAUCAUUUCUCUAUGCUAAGGUCAGACCUAUCUAGAAUGGUUGGUCCACAGCAUACUGAAGGUGCAUUAGGUUACAUCAGCUGGUCAUAUUAAAAUUGUAUUUUUAAGGCACAAUGCUGCUGCCUUUUUAGUUCAGGUUUUCUUAAUAUUAGUGUUUGGGCUUAAGAAUGCAAAUAAAGUUUCUUGCAAAAUAGCAAAUG